UUGAAGUCUUAAGUACGGCUGGGGUAGGGUCGUAAAUAGCGGGAUUGGGAUUUGAACCAGGCCCAGAACUCCUGAUGCGGAGCUCGCCUUGCUGCCGCUUCUGACCUCAGGCACCUGUUUUCACGUGUCCUAGGAAAGUUUGUAGGACCGUGAUUCUGCGCCUCCCCCAAAUAGGUUGAAUAAUGUCUCGAAUCCCUCUGGGGAAAGUCCUUCUGAGAAAUGUUAUUCGGCACACAGAUGCUCACAAUAAGAUUCAGGAGGAGACAGAUAUGUGGAAGAUAAGAGAACUGGAGAAACAAAUGGAAGAUGCUUAUCGGGGGUCACAAAGGAGAAUAUUACCCAGGAGCUCGAGCCGAAUGCGAAGUGAUGGUUUUGACGAAGAAAGCCAUCGAGUCUAUUGGAGGACGAAGCAAGAAAUUCCUGGGACAUUUGAAGAUGAUUUACUUAGGACUCGAUCCUGGAAUAGAAAGCUAUAUAAUUAUGAGGCCAACAUGCCAGACAGAUGGGGUCACAGUGGAUAUAAAGAACUGUAUCCCGAGGAAUUUGACACAGAUAGUGAUCAGCAAGAUGCUAUUAAUGGAAGAAACACACCUCCCCAGGAAAAGUCAUCUACUCAUGAGUCUCAUAAACGUAAGAAGUCAAAGAAAUCCCACAAAAAAAAACAAAAAAAACGGUCACACAAAAAACAAAAGAAAAGCAAAAAGGAAGCCACAGAUAGAGCUGCAGAUUCCUCAAGUGAAUGCUCAGGAGAAACUCAGGUUUCCAGUGCUAGGAAAGGGAAACAGUCACAUAAGCGAAAGAAAAAGUCAAGGAAAAAGGCCCCUAAGAAACCUGCUUCUUUCUCAGAGUCAGAAAGUGAUUCUUCUCAUCCACAUGAUUCAGCAUCCAGUAGUUCUGAGGAAAGUGAGGAAAAAGACGCCAAGAAAACCAAAAGGAAAAAGGAUCAGAAAGUUCACAUCACCCCAACAAAAAGGAAGAGUGAGGUACAAGAGAGGACCAGCAAACGAAAGAACUGGAAGGUGGCCCCAGAUGAAAAGACGGAUGAGAGCUCUGAGGAGGACUAAAUGGAGGAAUGCUUCACUCUCCAUGUUUCCCAGGUGACCCCUUGGACUUGACAGAUGUGGCAGGGACCCUCUCGUUAGAACAAGUAGCCCACGUGGGUAGGAGCUGCUUUGUGCCAUCCAAAUCCUUACCAAUGGAUUUUCUCCUAUUUGAGCCUGUUAAAACUUGAUCCCCUUUUAUUAGUAAUGGGGAAGCUGUUAGUUUUUGUAAUGAAGGUUUCUUGAAGAGAUUAUUUUUUGCAAUUAGCCACACUCAGUCUCAUGCACACUAUUCCCCAAAUCAGAGGAAAGAGAAGCCAGUAAUUUGGGAGCUCCCACUAAAGUGCUCAGUUUGGGGGAAGCAGGUGUUAGGUCCAAGAGGACAGUGUGGAAAGAUGAUUUUGCUUUGUUGACUAGCCCCAAGUGCAGAUGGUAUGACCUCAAAGAAUUCAACAAGGAAAUUGUGGGGCCUUAAAUGUUUAAUCACUUCAAAUAAUCUUCCUCUGACCUUCCUAUAACAGGUGUUAUACCAUACCUGGCUCUUCAUUCUCAGCCUUGGUGCCUUUGAUCCUUAGAUAUGUAUAUCUAGACCCCAGUUUGGUUUUAAUAUCGAAGUUUUAGUCCUAUUCUGGCUGGCCCAGUGUACUUGAGGAAAUGGGCACAGGAACAAGCCUUUUUCCUUUGCAAUAAAAACUACAGGCAGCUGUCACCAGAAAGGAGUGGGGCUUUCUUGGUACAUUUCCCAAUUAAGUAGGGCCCAGAAACCUGUUUUCUUUAUAACUCUCCCCUUCCCCCCCCCCUCCCCCAAGCCUGAAUAAGGCAGUAAAAAUCUCAGCUGUACUGUUACAUUUUGCCUGAUUUUAAUUUUUAUGUGAAGUUCUUUUGGCUAUGUAAGAGUCCUAGUUUGAAUGGGGUCAAAAUAGGAUCUAACCAUGCUGUCUAGUUGUGUGCCCUGAACAGGAUGCAGGACACUGAUAUCAUUUAAAUAGUUUUGUCUUUCUUUGUUUUUGUCUCCAAGUCUGUAAAUGAAUUCCAGAUUUCACCUUUAACUAGAAAGUCAGGUCAGCUCCAAAAUAAUGUAGGUCUCUCAGGGACAUAUUUGCCUCUUCCCAGCCCUCCAGAGGACUCAAAAUAUCUUUAUCCUGUCCCACUCUUUUUCUCUCAGUAAAGAAAGUUGGGCUAUUUCAUUUUGUUCCAUUGGGACCUAGAGGUGUUUCAAAUAAGGUUUUCUUGGGGGUAUAGUUAGAAGCAGGAGUGAUGUGGACUAUCCUUUCUGUUUCCUAAAUUCUGUGAUUUAAUUGAUAUAAUAUAGCUAAACUUUGACUCACUUAGAACAGAUAUUUAACUUAUGGUGUUGUGUAGCUGUUAUUGAGUCUGAGAACUAAAACUAAGCCUAACCUGGCCCUACCAUUAUUGAUUAUAUUUGUGAGGUCCUAAACAAGUCAUUUAACCUCUUGUGCCUCAUUUUCCCCAUUCUUAAAAGUGGGAAUAAUCCUGACUUUAUAGGGAAUAUUAUAGACAACAGAGGGAAAAAUAAUGGGAUACACCUUACAAUGAUAGAAUAUAAUUUUUCCACAUAACACCUAAAAUUCUGUAGGUAUGAAUUAUUUCUAAAAACCUUUAAAAAAUAUCCUACAGCCUACAGAAUUAACCUGCAAAUAUAUCUUUGAGCAAAGGCCCUCCGUCCACUGGCUAACCAGUAGGUGCUACCUUUUUUGGACAUCUAUAUGACUAACUCUUCUGACUCCAGUUUAUGUACUUUUUGCCAACUCACUAAAUGCCAGUUUUUAAUCAGGAAUUUUUUUGAAGGGAAGGCCUAUUACUUGGCAGAGAUUUUAGAGGUAGGAGAUUCUAAAAUGACAAUCCCUUAACAGUAUUUUCUGUGAUUCUUUAAGAAAUGGAUCCUAACUGGUAUUGUCUUUUGGUCAUUUUUUUCAACAUUGCUUUUUGCACCAAGCUUAUUCUAGGUACUUGACAAAUUAGGAAGAGUCUCUAGAAGUUUGUACUCUCCCAUGAGCCAAGAGUCUUUUCUCUUACUUGCAGCUUUCUUUUUCUAGUUAAUGUGUUCUUCUGCAGCUUGUUUUUUAUUUUUGGUCACAUUUAUUUGUAUGUGAGCAUACAGGAGUAAAGGGGCUGCCUUUGCUCUCUACUGCCUUCUAAACUCCAAAUUUUCCUUUUCUAAGUCUCAUUGACUUCUAAAGUUCUUCCAGUUCCUGAGGAAAAGGCUCAGGGUGGCUUUUAAAUCCACUGUCUCCCAUUUGCACUACCAGCAUUGGAACCCUGUUUUUUUUUCCUUUGAUAAGUGUUUUGGGAUUUUCAGACAGUCAGGGAUCUCUAAACCCUGAGGUAGGAUUUUAAAAAAAAAAUAAAGUAAUUAAGACCAAGGUUGAGGGGGGGGGGGGUCAUAUUUAUCAAAUAAAUGAUGUAAUGCAAUCUGGAAUUCCAAAAUUCCAAAUAAAGAGAUUUCACUUUU